CCGCCAGCGAGCACGAGCCUGCGGCCCGGCCGCCCGCGUCCUCGGCCCCGGGACCCCGCGCCGCCCGCGCCCGCAGCCGCCGGAGUCGAGCGGGGAGAACGGCCUGGGGCCCCAGGGCGGCCCUCGGCCCCGGAGCGCGAGCGCACGGCAGCCUCUGAAGAGCCCCCGGGUUCGGGAUGGGGAACCACGCGGGGAAGCGGGAGCUGACUGUGGAGAAGGCCAAUAAGGACAUGGGCCCUAGCAGAGGAGCACCUGAAAGAGCGAGAGACCUCGGAGAGCUCGCGCGCGGGACCUCGGAGGACAACGAGGUGUUCGGAGAGGCAGAUGCGGGCCGGAACAAUGGGGCCUCGUCCAGGGACACGGCGGUGACAGACUCCAAGCGCACAGCGGACCCGAACAAUGCCUGGCAGGGUGCCCGCCCAGCUGACCCCAGGAGCCGCCCCCACUUGAUCCGCCUCUUUUCCCGAGAUGCCCCGGGCAGGGAGGACAACACCUUCAAAGACAGGCCCUCGGAGUCCGACGAGCUACAGACCAUCCAAGAAGACAGCGCAGCAGCUCCGCAGGACCUCGACGUCAUGGCGUCCCAGAAGAGGCCCUCCCAGAGGCACGGCUCCAAGUACCUGGCCACAGCAAGUACCAUGGACCAUGCCCGGCAUGGCUUCCUCCCCAGGCACAGAGACACGGGCAUCCUCGACUCCAUCGGGCGCUUCUUUAGCAGUGACAGGGGCGCGCCCAAGCGGGGCUCCGGCAAGCAGGUUCCGUGGCCCAAGCAGAGCAGGAGCCCUCUGCCCUGCAACACCCACAGCCGCCCUGGGCUGUGCAACCUGUACAAGGACCACGCGGCCAGAACUACCCACUAUGGCUCCCUGCCCCAGAAGUCGCACGGCCGGCCACAAGAUGAAAACCCUGUAGUCCACUUCUUCAAGAACAUUGUGACGCCCCGCACACCCCCUCCGUCUCAAGGAAAGGGGAGAGGAACCGUCCUCAGCCGGUUUAGCUGGGGUGCCGAGGGCCAGAAGCCCGGGUUCGGCUAUGGAGGCAGAGCAGCUGACUACAAAUCGGCCCACAAGGGCCUCAAGGGCGCAGACGCCCAGGGCACACUCUCCAGGCUCUUCAAGCUGGGAGGAAGAGACAGUCGCUCCGGGUCGCCCAUGGCCAGACGCUGAAGCCCUGCCCCGGCGCUGAACCCCGUCCUCGGCUUCCUAACCUAACCGCCUUCAAACGCUAACAGCGUCCGCACCCCCACCUACUCGAGCAGACCCCGUCCCCUAACCCGGCGAGCGGUGCACGCCCGGGGUCCUGCCGGGGCACCCGUUACCCGAGAUGCAGACAGGACCCGGCUGCGCGGUGCCCGGGGCUGGAAGACCGCCUUGCUCCGGCUGCAGGCCCGCGUGCACCCAGCCCCAACCCCCGACCCGCCCAGGCCCCGCCCAGGCCCCGCCCCCAGUCCAGCCCCGCCCCAGCCCCGCCCCCAGCCCCCGACCCGCCCAGCCCCGCCAGCCCCAGCCUAGCCCCCAGCCCCGCCCCCAGCCCAGUCAAGCCCCGCCCAGCCUCGCCCCAGCCCAGCGCAGCCCCGCCCCGCCCCCGCCCCCCCAGCCCAGCCCCGCCCCCAGCCCCCGACCCGCCCAGCCCCGCCAGCCCCAGCCUAGCCCCCAGCCCCGCCCCGCCCCGCCCCGCCCGCCCCGCCCCUGCUUUCGCGAGCACUGCCUGGAGGGCCCCGCUGCGCACGGCAGCGGGCGCGUGGGGAGGACUGUUGCGAUCCCGGCUUCCUUUGGUUUCUUCCCCGCCGCCCUCACCCCCGUUGAUUUGAUUCCCCUAACAGGAUUAGACAGUCAGAGUGGCUUACUGCGUGCGGGAGCUUUUGGCAAGUGGAUGCGGGCCGGGCAGCUGAGAGAGUCCACGGCGGGGCGCUCCGCAACCCCGACUGGCAGAAUUCGUGCGUGGCAGAGGGAGGAGAAGGAGGCAGGCGUGGGCCGCGCGAGGCCCCGGCGGGACGCGGGCGACCCCGCCUCCCGCCCGAGCCCACGGCUCCGGGCAGACUUGCGUUCUCUGGUGGCCGGGCGGCGUGGCGCCGGCCACUCAACACUGGGCGUGACCACAGCUGGACGGACCACGGCAGUGCUCACCGGCUACACUAACCCGACCCGCGGCCCCACAGCCGCCCCCGCCCGCCCUGCGCACGCGCGCCCGCCCGGAGCGGCCGCCCCGGAAGGACAAGCAGCGCUUCCGGGUCGCGUCCCGUAAUCCCGCUGACCCUCCCUGGCCGCCGCCGCCCCUAACGCACUGACCCGUCCCUUCGAGUGGGCGUCCGUCGUGCGGGCCCUGCGGAGAGCCCCCGGCGCGACCCUCCCCCAGAACCAGACCGGAAGUAGCCGCCCUAACGCCGCGACGCCCCCGCUAACCGCGAGCUAACCCUGCCCGGUGCGCGCGCGACGGGGUCGCAGCCCCCGUGGGGAGCGGGGCGCACGCCGGCCCGAGCCCCGAGCCCGGCCCGCGCGGCCGGCCGGUGUGGAAUAAAGUAAUGAGCGUUCA